AUUUCCGGUGUCAUGUCUGCUUCCUAGUUAAGUAAUUUGACUAAAGGAUUAAAAACUUGUUCAUUCAAAAUUAUAAGAACUUUUCAUUAUUUAUUACAAAGAUUUCCAUUCCUGCACAUUAGAAGAUUUGUUUUUACGUUAUUACAUCAAAGCUUUAUUUUGCAAGCUUUGAGUUUUAAGAAUUGAGCAUUAGAGUAAACAGUUUUUAAUUUGGUACUCUUAAAAAUGUCAUCUGUUGACGCUGAUCGAGCAUCUGAUGAUGCACCGCCACAGAUUCCUGUUACAGAACAGCAGCGAGAACUGGCUGCACAGGCCAUGGGUGAAUUUGAAAGGGGGCACUACUCUAAUUGCACGAAAACAAUGGGCUCUUUGGCAGACGCCAGACCUACAGAUGUGAAGGUUGUUUUGAAUCGCUCUGUUGCGCUAUUUUAUCAAAGCCAGUGUAAAGCCGUUGAUGAGUUCAGGCACAACAUUCAAACUGUGUUUAACAUGGCCAGAAUUUCUCCAGAUCUCAGUGAGAAAAGCAACCUUGAUGACGCAGACUAUGCAGUGGUUUAUUACAACAAGGCAGUUGUUCUCUACCAUGAGAAGCAACACAGAGCAGCAUUGUCCAUUCUAGAAAAGCUCUUCAAAUACAUUGAGCCAAUUGACGAGGCACUUGCACAGAAGGUUAUGUUGUUGUUGACUGAGUUAUACCUGACUGUGCAUCAGCCCUAUGAUGCAAUGCGUAUGGUGCUGAAUAUAGAAAAAUUCCUUAGUGGGAAAAGUCAGUCAUCUCAGGACAAGGACAAGAAUGAUUCUAACAAUGCAGCAGCACAGGAAGCAAUGAAAGCCAAGCUUAUCCUUUACAAGGUGCGCUGCAAUCUGAUGGCAAAGCACAUGAAGAACAAAAAAGAUUAUAAGGCACUGCAAGGAAAUAGUGUACCAGUGAACUAUGCAAAAGCUUAUUAUGAUUAUUUGCGAGGCAGUUAUAAAAAGGCAGCAAAAAUGUUGGGGAAUCCGCCUAGAGUUGAUAUAUCUCCAUCAACUGGAGAGUGUCUAGCUGUGAUGUACUCCAACAAUUUGGCCCUCAUCAACAUGUGUCUGAGGAAGCCAAACAUCGCCAUCUGCCACAUCCGCGAUGCUCUCAAGCAUAAUGAAAAAGUCAUGAAAGAUGCUGUGCCAAAUGAUAAAGCCAGACCGCCCCUACAGCUGAGCUACGUCAGCCAACACUAUGUCCUCUUCUACAACCUGGGGGUGCUACAGCUUCACAGCAAGAGACCCAGCCUGGCCUUUGAGUGUUUUGUUGAUUGUGUGCAGGUCUAUCACCGGAACCCCAGACUGUGGCUUAGGUUGGCAGAAUGUUGUAUCAUGCACCAUCGUGAGAACAAUGAUGUAGACAGAGAACACAAGCACAAACUAGAGGUGAUCCAGGCUUCAGUGGGAUCAGGCUUUCAUCACAAGCUUAUACUAGGUCAAGGUGUGCAGAAAGACAGGAAAAUAAGCACAUCAGGUGGGGUGUUCCCAAACUUAAAUUUAGGCUUCGCUGCCUUUUGUCUGAAGAAUGCUCUGGCACUUUUACCACCUGACCCCCUGGAUGUGAAGCCACCCCCACAAGAUGAGCAGGCAGAAUCUGGGCCCCCACCUACAGACCCAGUACUAGUAUCAGCAGAACCAGGCAACCCGUUGAGAGAAACAGAAGUCGCCAACCUCAGAUGUUCUAUACUGGCAGCCAGCGCUUAUGUGGCCCUGUGUGAAAAUGAAUAUUACAAAGCUCUGGCUCACUCAGUGAAUCUUCUACGGCAGCCAAACUUAACAGCAGCUCAAAGGUAUCUAGGUCACAUGUACAAAGGUGAGGCCCUGGUCAUCCUUGACCGAAUAGCCAACGCUAUAGAUGAGUUAAACCCUGAGAAUGUGACAGACGUGAGCACCACUCUACCAGAGACUCCAGGAGAACAAGAAAAAGACCAAGAGAGUCUGGCAGAAAACAGAGAGGCCAUGUUCAAGUGGAGUCCGCCCAAUGCCGUGGUGGCCAAGGGACUGAUGCAGUACAACCUGGGGGUGGCCUACGCCAUGAGGACAGACUACGAGAAGGCUCUCAAGGCAUUGACAGAGGCAUCUGAAAAAGUGGGCACACCUCUUCCAGUACAGAUGUACUAUCUAAAGCUGUACCUGGAUCUUAAACAAGGUCUAAAGAAAGGGGCUCUAAAUCUUAUCAAUGAAAACUUUGGCUACAUCUCAAGAAAUUAAUUCAUCCUUCACAUCAUCUAGAACAGUUUCACUGCAAAAGUUCAAAGUUCCUGCAAAUCCCAUGGGCUACAUUAUGUGAUAUAAGCAACAGACAUUUUUUAAUUUGACACCCUACUUAGUGUUGAUAGAUAAUACUUUUAAUUUGUUUGUUUUUCUCCAUUCUAACACAUUUUCAUUUAGCUAAUUGUGUAAUAAACAUGUUGAAACUUG